AUGUCGUCCGGAGGUUCAAUACAGGGUCUGACCACAUCAAAACUUGAGUUUAAGAGGGGGAGUACUCGUGACAGAUUGAUCCUAGCUUUGAUAAUUGUCGGGGGAAUAGCACUAGUAAUUGGUCUUGCAGUAGGGAUCCCAUUGUCUAAACGAGAUGCUGUACCAGGACCAACCCAUGACCCUGACCUAGCGUUCGCUAGAUCGUUCUUACAAGACAAUGUGUUAAUUGACGGUCACAACGAUCUCCCCUGGCAAAUUCGACAGUAUGAGCAAAACAAGGUGAACAACGUCAACCUAAAUACGGAUACUAGGAAUGAAUGGCCCCCAGGAACGCCUAUGACAGAUAUGUCCUUUCCUGUACUCCCCCCUCAGACGGAUAUACCAAGACUCCUGGAGGGGGGUGUUGGUGCGCAGUGGUGGGCGGCAUUCGUCUCGUGUGCCGCUACAGCUAAAGAUGCCGUGCGUCAGGGCUUUGAUCAGGUCGAUGUAAUCCACAAGUUCACCGAUAAAUAUCCAGAGGCCUUCACGUUGGCACGGUCUGCAGACGAUAUAGUAAACAUAUUUGCGAACAAUAAAAUCGCAAGUCUGAUUGGUUUGGAGGGAGGUCACAUGAUUGGUAACACCCUGGGCAAUCUUCGUAUGUAUUACAUGAUCGGUGUCCGAUACAUGACCUUGACCCACAGCUGUGACAACGACUGGGCGGAUAACUACAAGGCAGAUUUAAAUGGAGGAAUAUCAAAGGGUCUUACAGACUUUGGAAAGGUCGUGGUACGUGAAAUGAACAGACUUGGGAUGAUCGUGGAUGUGUCACAUGUGUCUUAUCAAACAAUGAUUGACGCUAUUCAGACGUCGGAUGCACCAGUGAUCUUCAGUCAUUCAUCAGUGUUUGCUCUUUGCAAUCACUACAGGAACGUGAAGGACGAUGUUCUUCGAAUGAUGAAACAAAAGAACGGUAUCAUCAUGAUCAACUUCUACACUGGUUACAUCAACUGUAAUCCGGACCACGCUAACACAACAACCGUGUCACAAGUAGCAGAUCACAUCGAUUAUGUAAAGAAACUGAUUGGCGUGGAGUAUGUGGCCAUAGGUGCCGACUAUGACGGAGUUCCGUUUAUGCCCUUGGAGCUUGAGGAUUCUUCAACCUACCCCGUGAUAUUUGCCGAGCUUAAAAGACGAAAUUGGUCGGUGGAAGAUCUAAAGAAGUUGGCUGGUCUUAAUUUUCUUCGUGUCUUUAGGGCGGUUGAGAAGGUGAGAGAUGACAAACAAAACCUACCUCCUUAUGAAGACAUCAUUGAUAAGGCUGAUUACAUAAUGCCUCAUAACUGUACUACCAGUUUCUAGCUCCAGUCAAUUCAAAGCGAACGGAAUAAUUAAAAAAAAUAACAGAUUUAGCGGUAUUAUAUUUGGUAUCUUUUGCGCUUAAAUCAAAGCCCUUACUCAUGUUGGCGAUUAUAACGAGUUUCACUAAAGCAAUGCAUUUUACCUAGAUUGUGGUUGUGCUGUUUAAUCAACAUGGUAAUCUGUAAUAAAAUGAUCAGUUCAAUAACAGUGUGAAAACUUCAGUAGAAGUAGAUA